AUGACAGCGACCGCAAGUUGGUGUGACUUUAUCGCCUGCGCAAGGUUAGCUGAGGAUAUUUCUCCCCUGGCGGCCAAAGUGGCAAAGAUGAGGGACCAGGACCAGGACCAGAUCAACCAGGCCAAGGUCAUGGACCAACUCAUCCACGAUGCCCGGACGGCCACAGAGAAGGAGGGCAAGAUGUCCCUCCUCCAGGGCGUCAAGUUGUACCCCAAGGCCAUUGCGUGGAGCGUCUUGAUCUCGACCACCAUCGUCAUGGAGGGCUAUGACGUGGCCCUGAUCAACAAUUUCUACGGCUUCCCCCAGUUCAACAAAAAGUACGGCGAGCAGUUGCCGAACGGCGAAUAUCAGGUUCCUGCGGCGUGGCAGGCUGGAGUGAGCAAUGGAGCCAAUGUCGGAGAAAUCAUCGGCCUCCUGAUCAACGGCUGGGUAUCUGAGCGGUUUGGCUAUCGUUGCACGGUAAUUGGCUGUUUGUUCCUCAUCAUUGCCUGGACUGCCAUCUUCUUCACAGCACAGAACGUAGUGGCCUUGCUGGUGGCCGAGAUCCUGUGCGGAAUUCCAUGGGGUGUGUUCCAGACGCUCUGCAUCACGUACGCCUCCGAGGUCUGCCCCGUCGCCAUGCGCGGUUACCUGACGACCUACGUCAAUUUCUGCUGGGGUCUCGGGCAGGAGAUUGCCAUCGGCGUCAUCAUGUCCAUGCUGAAGCGCGAGAAUGAGUGGGCCUACCGGAUCCCCUACGCGUUGCAGUGGAUGUGGCCGGUGCCGCUCAUCAUCGGCAUCUAUUUUGCCCCCGAAUCGCCCUGGUGGCUGGUCAGGAGGGGGAAGCUUGACGAGGCGAAGAAGUCGCUGCUGCGGUUGACAAGUCUCAAUCGCGAGUCCGAUUUUGAUGCCGACGAGACGUUGGCCAUGAUGGUCCACACGACCGCGCUCGAGGAGCGCACGACUUCGGGAGCAACGUAUCUUGACUGCUUCAAGGGCCAUGAUCUCCGCAGGACUGAGAUUGUGUGCAUGGUGUGGGCCAUCCAGAACCUCAGCGGCAACUCCUUCUCCAACUAUUCGACAUACUUCCUCCAGCAGGCCGGGCUGGACCCCAACAGCGCCUACGGCUUUGCGCUCGGGCAGUACGGCAUGAAUAUGGUCGGAGUUUUCGGUGCAUGGUUCCUCAUGUCUCGCGGGAUCGGGCGGAGGACGCUCUACCUCUACGGGCUGUGCGGGCUAUGUAUCAUGCUCUUCAUCCUCGGCUUCCUCGGUCUCGUCCCGGCAGACCACAGGAAAGAAUCCUCGAUCGCCACGGGCAGCAUCAUGCUGGGCUGGGCAUUGACCUAUCAGCUGACCGUUGGCACCGUCUGCUACUCUCUCGUCAGCGAGAUAUCGACGCGCCGCCUGCAGAUCAAGACUGUCGUGCUGGGCCGAGUGCUCUACAUCAUGGUAGGUAUCGUCUGCGGCGUCCUCACGCCGUACAUGCUGAAUCCCGGCGCAUGGGACUGGGGAAACUUUGCCGGCUUCUUUUGGGCUGGAAUAUGCUUCCUCUGCAUCAUCUACACGUACUUCCGCGUCCCCGAACCAACGGGCCGCUCCUUCGCCGAGCUCGACAUGCUCUUCGAGAAGGGCGUGAGUGCCAGGAAAUUUUCCAAGACCUCUGUGGACGUGUUCGGCACCACGGAUGUCGGUGGCGGCGUGCUGGAUCGGUACGUGAAGACGGAGAAGACCGUGAUAGCGUAG